GGACAUGGUGGUGGCACUGUCACUGCCAGGGCAUGGGGACACUCUGAGGGACAUUGGGGACCUUGGGGACGCCCCCGUGUCCUUCCCUUGGGGACCCCCAGGCCACCCUGACAUCCCCUGUCCUGUUUUGGGUCAGCACAGUGGCCCUGAUGUCCCCACAGUGUCCAGAACAGCAUCCCAGUGUCCCCUAGUGUCCCCAGCAGGGUAUCAGGAGACAUUUGGGCCCUGUUGGGGAUAUGGGGGGGACAUCAAGGCCUGUUGGGGACAUUGGAGGGAUAUUUGGGCUCUGUUGGGUGCCCUGAGGGAAUGCUGGGGACAUUGGGCUCCUGUUGGGGACAUCAGGGAAGACAUUGAGUCCCUGUUGGGGACACUGAGGGGAUACUGGGGGUGUGUUGGGGGACGACAUGGUCCUGUUGGGGACAUUGAGGGGACAUUGGGGUCCUGUUGGAGACACUCAGGGGACACUGGGCCAUGUGGGGAACCUGAGGGGACAUCAGGGUGCUGUGGGGGCCAUCAGGGGGAUGGCACCCCUCAGGUGGGGGGGCAGGGCCAGGGUGUUGACGUCACCUGUUCCUGUUUACUGCCGGCUGUGCCACGGUGUUGGUGUUGCGUGCCACCCGAGUGUCCCUCGGGCGUGUCCCUGCCCUGUCCCUUGAGGCCAUGGAGCCCCGUGAGCUGCUGGAGGCGCUGGUGGACGUGGUGGCCACCCUGGGUGAGCUGGCAGCCACCGUCGCUGGGCUGGAUGGGGACGUGCUGCUGGGCGUGUCCCCAAGAUCCCUGCAAAUGGCCCUGGACACCUUCAUCAGUGACCUCCAGGGCACCCUGGGCCACCACGGUGACACCUCCCUGGGCCAGGCCCUGGCUGCCUUUAGGGCCAACCUGGGGGCCACCUGGGCCCAUGUGACAGCUGCAGCCAGUGCCUGGCGGGGCUCGGUGGCCAAGCUCAAGGACAGCUGGGCCCAGCUGGCCAAAAAGGCCACCGAGCUCCGCAAUGCCUGCAGGGACACGGCCACCAGGGAGACCACCACUGCGGCCACUGCCAACACCCGGGCCAGGGACCUGCAGGACAAGGCCACCCGCUGGGAGCCAUCUCUGCACAACCUGGUGGCUGAGGUCUGGCAGCCGCUUCUGGCCCUGGACAAGGAGGAGGUGGCCUCAGUGGUGGCCGCGCAUGAGGACCGGAUGGCAGCAGCCACCAGUGAGGUGGUAGCAGCCACCAAGGCCAAGGAAGAGGCUGUGGUGACCACCAGCAUGGUAGAGGGGGCCACCAGGAGGGGAAAGAAGGCAGAAGCAGCCCUGAGGCUGCUGAAGCGCUUGGUGGCCGCGUGUGACAGAGCCAUGGUGUACCCCCAGGAGCUGCAGCGCCAGCUCGGGGACAUCGAGGCCACCCUGAAGGGACAAAUCAGGCAUCCCCUGAUGUCCCCGAGGCCUUGGUGGCUGCGGUGGCCAAUGCCGAGCUGCUGUGGAAGGCCCGUGCCCGCCUGGCUACGCAUCACCUAGUGGGGACACUUGAGGACAUCAGCUUGCUUCUCUCAAGUCACGCUGGUGACACUGGUGGCCCCAGUGGCCAUGUGGUGGCUGAGCAGUGCCAAAAAGCCAUCGAGGACAUCCCAAUGCUGCUGCAGGGACAGUGAUGUCACCACUGUGAUGUCAUCAAGGGUGGUGAAAUCACUGGAGACAUCACUGGAGUCACCUGUCUACUCCCUCCUCCCUGCCAGAGAUUUGAGACAAUUUUGGGGAAUUUUCUGGGAAUUUUCAUUAAAAUUGCCCUAAAUCCUGAUGGGAAUUCCUGGGGUGAUGUCACCGGGGACACUCUGAAGACACUCUGGGGACACUCAGGGACACUCAGUGGCGGGCUGGGGGGGUGAAUGAGGCAGCUUUCCACCAUGGGUACAGCAGAUCAUUUCUCAAGCCUCCUCAAAAACCUUCAGGUCCCUUUCCCUCUGUGGGCAGUUUCACCUCAAAUGCCCAAUUUCCCUGCACUGGUGACAGAUUGAGCCUCAGUUGUUCAAUUGCCCUUUUCCCUUUUAGGGUCUCUCCCCCAGGAGCUCUGGUCCCAUUGUCCUCCCCCUGCUCCCGUUUGCCGUGCCCUGACAGAGUCAGUUCCACAGGGGGUGGGUCCUUGCACGCUGGUUCCCCUCAGCAGUAGUGGCUGCCAUUAUCUUUGCUUUCCCCUUGGCUUUCUCCUCAUCCCUCCCUCCGUACAGUGACCUUCUGGGCUUCUUUUAUCAGGUCAUUCAAUCCCUUAUCCCGCCAUUCCCCCAGUCUUUCCAGCUUUUCCUUGUAUCCAGCCAAGCAUGAGUGACAAAGGUUAUCUUCAAUAAAGCUUGUCCAGCUAUUGUAUCAGUCUA